CAUGCUCAUGCGCAACGGCCCUUGCUAGAUCGGAGCACGCAUCCCACCUGAGCCCGAGCCCUUUUUCUCCUCCAUUGAAACCCACCGCCCCCAGCUUCCUUUAAUUUCCGUUUCGCGAUAUUUAUUUUAUAGAAGGAAGGCGAGAGACGAGCAAGGAGCUCACCCCAGUGUUAGGGUUUGGGUUAUGGGAGUUGGGCGAUGUCAGGCGAGAAGCCGCCGGUAGAGAUCUGCAAGGGUGUCAAUGGCCUCGACAAAGUCGUGCUCAGGGAGGUCCGCGGAAGCUCCGCCGAGGUGUAUUUGUAUGGAGGUCAUGUGACAUCUUGGAGAAAUGACCAUGGCGAGGAGUUGCUUUUUCUCAGCACGAAGGCAAUUUUCAAACCUCCAAAAGCUAUACGCGGUGGUAUACCAAUAUGCUUUCCUCAAUUUGGGAGUCAUGGAAAUCUUGAUCAGCAUGGUUUCGCAAGGAAUAGAUUUUGGAGUAUUGAUGCCACCCCGCCUCCUUUUCCAACGGUUAGCACCAACAAAGCUUUCACUGAUUUGAUCUUUAAACCAAGUGAAGAGGAUCUAAAAAUAUGGCCUCAUAGUUAUGAAUUUCGUCUAAGGAUUACUUUGGGACCUGGAGGAGAUCUAAUGCUGACAUCACGGAUAAGAAAUAUUGAUACAAAGCCAUUUUCCUUCACAUUUGCCUACCACACCUACCUCUCUGUUUCUGAUAUCAGUGAAGUACGGAUUGAAGGACUUGAAACUCUUGAUUACCUUGAUAACUUGAAAGCCAAGGAGCGAUUCACAGAACAGGGAGAUGCAAUUACUUUUGAGACUGAAGUGGACAAGAUAUAUCUGGGGACACCAACAAAGAUUGCGAUUAUAGAUCAUGAAAAAAAGCGAACAUUUGUUUUGAGGAAAGAUGGGCUUCCAGAUGCAGGUACGCUUUGUGUUUUUUGGUUGGUUUGCUACUGGGCAAGCUUACAAAAGAAGCUGAACCUUUUCAUUCAAUUUUAUUGCAUUUUUUUUUCAGUGGUAUGGAAUCCUUGGGAAAAGGCCAAAUCCAUUGCUGAUCUUGGGGAUGAUGAAUACAAACAUAUGCUGUGUGUUGAGCCAGCAGCUGUUGAAAAGGCCAUCACUCUCAAGCCUGGCGAGGAAUGGAAGGGCAGGCUGGAGCUUUCUGCUGUUCCUUCCAGUUAUCGAAGUGGACAGUUGGAUCCUCAAAGGGUGCUUCAAGGAUGAAUAAUAGAUGUCCUUUCCGGCACUUAAAUGGCACAAUGAAUGCUUGGCAACAAGAUAAUUUUUUGUUUGUUCUAGCAAGUCCACUGUCUUCCAUCGCGUGCUUUUCCUUUUUCCUGCUCUCUUUGUAGAUCUGUGAAGAGAAACUGCUAGAUAAGAUUGAUGGGGAACCUCAAGUGCUCAAGUCUGAUUUGUGUUUUCUAUCUGGACUGUGCUGUCCCAAAAAUUUGAAAAUUUGAUUAUCGUUAGAGUCUGUCUUGCAUAUUAACUGGUCUAUUUUGCAAAUAAAAAAACGACAUAUCUUAAUUUCAAA